AUGAUUUGUUUGAAACACUUGAAGUGGUUGGAGUCAGUAAUUCUUAGGUCCGUAAUGUCAACUUCUACUUCUGCUACUACUGCUAACAAUAAGGUUAUUCAACCAAAAUGGCACCAACCACAGGGUGCUAAUUCUGAAAAGCCUGUUUUAAGGUUAUACAACAGUUUAACUAGAAAUAAGAAUGUUUUUGUCCCUAUCAGUGGAACCAAUACAGUUACUUGGUAUUCCUGUGGACCUACUGUUUACGAUGCCUCCCAUAUGGGGCAUGCUAGAAAUUAUGUUUCUAUUGAUAUAAAUAGAAGAAUUCUCUCAGACUAUUUUGGUUAUGAUAUUCAAUUUGUUCAAAAUGUGACUGAUAUUGAUGACAAGAUUAUUAUUAGAGCUAGACAAAACUACUUAUUGGAACAGUAUAUUAAAAACAAUGGCUCUGAAAAUAAAUUGAUUUCAAAAGAUAUAAAAGAAAAAGUAACUAAAGCACUUUUUCAAUAUAUUCAAAAAAAUUUGAAGCAAGAUUUUAAUGUUAUCGAACAAUUCUGUGAAUGGAGAGACAAAAUUAAUUUUGAAGCCGAGAAAUUGGCUAACCCAAAAUUUCCUAUGCAUAUUACUGCAGUUGAAAAUACUAUUAAAGCUUUGAAGGAGGACUGUGAAAGUGAUGUUUUUUUUAAGCUAGUAAAAGAUACUUUUGUACCAUUGCUGGAUGCUGAAUCUGGCUCCACAGUGAAAGAUCCAGAAGUGUUCCGUAAGUUACCUGCCUACUGGGAAAAACAAUAUGAUAUUGAUAUGGCUAAGUUAAAUGUUAGACCACCAACUAUUACUACAAGAGUCUCUGAAUAUGUACCAGAAAUUAUUAAAUUCGUACAGAAGAUUAUUGAUAAUGGAUAUGGUUAUGCUACUGCAGAUGGAUCUGUUUACUUUGACACAGUAAAAUUUGAUUCAUCGCCAGAUCAUGAUUACGCUAAAUGUCAACCAUGGAAUAAGGGUAAGUUGGAUUUGAUCAACGAUGCAGAAGGUUCUUUAUCGAAUUUUGGUACUAAUAAUGGUAAAAAAUCUAAAAAUGAUUUUGCUCUUUGGAAAGCCUCUAAGCCAGGUGAACCUGAAUGGGAGUCACCAUGGGGCCCAGGUAGACCUGGUUGGCACAUUGAAUGUUCAGUCAUGGCCAGUGAUAUCCUUGGAGAAAAUAUUGAUAUUCAUUCUGGUGGUAUUGACUUAGCAUUCCCACAUCAUGAUAAUGAGUUGGCUCAAUCAGAAGCCAGAUUCGAUAACAAACAGUGGAUUAAUUAUUUCUUACACACUGGUCAUCUACAUAUUGAGGGUCAAAAGAUGUCUAAAUCCUUGAAGAAUUUCAUUACUAUUGAUGAGGCAUUACAGAAAUUCACAUCUCGUCAAUUAAGAUUGGCAUUUGCUUCGGUUCAGUGGAACAACCAAUUAGAUUUCAAAGAGAGUUUAAUUCAUGAGGUCAAAUCCUUGGAAACAAGUUUCAACAAUUUCUUUAAUAAUGUAAGAGCAUUAAAGACAGAUUAUGAGCAUGCAUUAUCCCAAAAUCAAUAUAUUUCCAAGAAGUUGACCUUUGUUGAAAAACAAUUAUUGUCUGAUUUAAUUGUUACUAAAGAGAGAGUGCAUGCUUCUUUUUGUGAUAAUUUGUCUACCCCACAAGUCUUAAAGGUACUUAGUGAUAUGGUCACUUCUACCAACACUUAUAUAAAAAAUGUGGGUUCUGAGUUAAAGAUUGAACCAGUUAUUGAAGUCUGUAAAUACGUCACCAAGAUUUUAAAUGUGAUUGGUUUCCAAACUCGUUCUGACCAAUUAGGUUGGACAAGUGAUUCAGCAGAUGGUAAAUCAUUUGAAAGCGGAUCUUUGGAAGAUACAAUAAUGCCAUAUGUUAAAGUUUUAUCUAAUUUUAGAGAUCAGGUCCGUUCCAUGGCAAUUAAGAAAGUUGAUAAUGUUGAAUAUUUGAAGUUGACUGAUUCAGUUAGAGAUCAUGAUUUAUUAAACUUGAAUAUUGCAUUAGAUGACAGAAAUGGACAAAAUGCGUUAAUUAAAUUUCUUUCGGAUAAGGAAAAGGAUGAAAUGAUUAAAUUUAUGCAAGAAAAGGAGGCCAGAGAAGAAGCCAAAAGAUUAAAGAAGCUAGAACAACAACGUCAAAGAGAAUUGAAGGAAAAGGAAAGAAGAGAAAAGGCUUCCGUAUCUCCAUUAGAGAUGUUUAAGAAUAACAAAUUAUACAGUGAAUGGGAUGAGCAAGGGAUCCCAUUAAAAGAUAAAGAUGGUAAUGAUGUAACUAAGAGUAUGACAAAGAAAUUGAAAAAACAAUGGGAACAACAAAAGAAACUUCAUGAAGAAUAUUUUGGUAAGAUUGAUGCAUAA